AUGUCUUGGGAUCGCGACGACUUAAACAAGAAGGGCUUCUUCUUCGAUGCAUCUAUCCGCACCACGAUCCCGUGGGCUCCGUUUCCGCCCCAUGCCGAAACCCUUCGACAGUCAAUGCUCGACUUCGCAUAUCAAGACUUCGACGCAACUUCUAACGAAGAUGCUGCCAAGAAGUCCGUCUGGCUGAGAUACUCUAAAGGAGGGUACUCCGAAAGUGAUUGGGAAAAUUUCUUUCGACAGAAAUUCUUUGAUCCACUUGUUCAAACCGCCUCAGGAUCGCCGAAAGACUCACGCAGAGUUUCACGAUGCAAUUAUUACUAUGACACUGUCGUAUUCGACACUGACGCUCUAUGGGAAACCUUUAAUGGAAAAGGUGACAACGUCGACGAUUCAACAGCCCAACGAUUUGAGACUGUGAAAUGUCCCAAACCCGACUACGCAUUCUAUCUUCCAAUGUAUCAUCUAAUUGAUAACUCACAUUUACCUGAAAUUGUCGACCACGGAGCUCGAGAGUGGCAUAAAACACCAACGCCAUCCCUUGUGGAGUCAUUCUCUUGGUCCAACCUGAAGAUGCUUUAUAAGAACGGUCUUCGCCCGACUCCGUUUCGUGUUUUUCAUAAGGAGCCUCGAGAAAAGGAUCUUAAAUGUUAUCCGUGGCUUCUUGUCGAGUAUAAGAAAGAAAAGUAUACGACUUAUGAACGUUUGCGGUUAGAGGAGACCGUGUGUUGUCAAGCAGCCAACGGCAGCGCAAGUGCCGUCAAGCUAAACCAAAUCGCGGCGAGGUAUACUAUCGAGCUACCUGAUGAGGCACAUAUCCCUCCGAUUCCAGUUGUAACCACUGUCGGACCGAAAGUCAACGUUUGGAUAACAUAUCUUGCUAAAGGCUGCAUGGUACUUUGUGAGGAUAAAUAUUUUGUGUCUUCAAAAUGGGAGAAACGUAGUCAAGCUUAUAUGAUGAAAUGCACCUGGAAGGGUGAUAUGACUAUUCGUCAAGAUAUCGUCGAGUUUCGACUUAUCCUAGAGAAUACAUAUACUUGGGCGACGCGAGUAUACAAACCUCUGAUAACGACAUAUAUUGAUCAGUGGAGAUUUAUGCACUCUGGAAGUGGCCUUGACUCUGUAACCACUACUUUGGCACUGACACGUCGCCAACAAGCUAUGAACCUUUCAGGUAGUGCGCUUCCGCUGAUCCAAAGUGUCUUGGAUCAUCACUCUAGCUUCGAACUUGACGAUAGUCUGCACCAGCGUCUCACUCCGAUGCUGAUGGGCGUCCUUGUUCAGGCGAUAUGUGCUGCAGAGCGUCAAACGCUUACUCAAGAGUUGGAUCGCAUCGUUGCCGAGAAGGUUGGAGCUUUGAGCUUGAAUGCUGGAACAUCUUCGUGUCCAUGCAGAUCCAACCUAAGGACAGACACAACAGACGAACAGACCCAAGAAUCAGGUCAAGCCACGACAAUCAUUGUCGAAGACCCUAAGGAUGAUGACUAUGUGGACUCUGAGCCUCGUAGGUCUGGGAGCAGCGAAUCCACCUCUUCAACUCCGACGGCAGGGUCACGACGAAGUACGCCAUUGUACCCCCAGGCUUAUUCUCUUCAUCCACUUAUGUUAUCUGGUCAGACAACUAGAGCUCCUGACUCAGGGCCGAGAGCAGGGAAAACGCCGCCAUUUCCCUCGUUGCCCAAGGCACCAGAAAGCCAAAGUGGUUAUCCAUAG